AUGUCGUCAAACAAUAGCGAGGAGAACCGGCAGAUCACUUGGCAGGAGUUCCGCCGCGUGUACAUGGAUCGCGGUCUGGUCGAUCGGCUGGUGGUGGUCAACCGUAACCGCGUCCGCGCCAUUCUGCGCCCGGGUGCUGCCAAUGGCAACAGUGCCCAGGGUGUGAGCAUGUCGCCGCCCAGUGUCAUGUUCUCGAUUGGCUCUGUCGAGUCGUUUGAGAAGCAGCUUGAUGAUGCGCAGGAUGAGCUCGGCAUUCCGCCCUCCCAGCGCAUCCCAGUCGAGUACCGCGACGAGGUCAGCGUGUUCUCGACAUUGCUGCACUUUGCCCCGACGCUGCUGCUGAUUGGUGCCUUUGUGUGGCUAUCGCGCAAGGCCCCCGGCGCUGGCGGCGCUGGCGGUAGUUCGGGUGGAAUCUUCGGCAUUGGCAAGAGCCGCGCCAAGAUGUACAACAAGGAGACUGAUGUCAAAAUCGCCUUCAAGGACGUGGCCGGAUGUGACGAGGCCAAAGAGGAGAUCAUGGAGUUUGUCAAGUUCCUGAAGGAGCCUGAGGUCUACGAGCGCCUCGGUGCCAAGAUUCCCAAGGGUGCGAUCCUGUCGGGCCCGCCUGGUACCGGUAAGACGCUGCUGGCCAAGGCCACUGCUGGCGAGGCUGGUGUGCCGUUCCUGUCGGUGUCAGGAUCUGAGUUUGUCGAGAUGUUUGUUGGUGUCGGUUCGGCCCGUAUCCGCGACCUGUUCCAGACAGCCAAGAAGAACGCUCCGUGCAUUAUCUUCAUUGACGAGAUUGACGCUAUUGGCAAGGCGCGCGGCCGCGGUGGUGCCAUGGGCGGCAACGAUGAGCGCGAGGCUACGCUGAAUCAGCUUUUGGUCGAGAUGGACGGCUUUGGCUCCAGCGAGCACGUCGUGAUCCUGGCCGGUACCAACCGGCCUGAUGUGCUGGAUCCGGCGCUGAUGCGCCCUGGUCGUUUCGAUCGGCACAUUUCCAUCGACCGGCCUGACAUCAAGGGCCGUGCCGACAUCUUCCGUGUCCACCUGGGCCCGAUUCUGACCAGCGAGGACAAGCACAAGCUGGCCAACAAGAUGGCAGCAAUGACGCCUGGGUUCUCCGGCGCCGACAUCGCCAAUGUCUGUAACGAGGCGGCCCUGAUUGCUGCUCGUGCGGGCUCACAGCAGGUCAUGCACACUCACUUUGAGCAGGCCAUUGAGCGUGUCAUUGCCGGUCUGGAGAAGAAGUCGCGCGUGCUCUCCCCCGAGGAGAAGAAGACGGUGGCGUACCACGAGGCUGGGCACGCCGUUGUGGGGUGGUUUAUGCGCCACGCGGACCCGCUGCUCAAGGUGUCGAUCAUCCCGCGCGGAGCCGGCGCCCUUGGAUACGCGCAGUAUCUGCCCAAGGACCAGUACCUGUUCUCAACCGAGCAGCUGCACGACCGCAUGUGCAUGACGCUUGGCGGCCGUGCCUCGGAGGAGCUCUUCUUCAAGGUCAUCACCACGGGUGCGUCCGACGACCUGCAAAAGGUCACCAAGAUGGCGUAUGCACAGAUUGUACAGUACGGCAUGAACAAGCGGGUCGGGCAGCUCAACUUUGUGGAUUCGCAGCAGCAGGAGUCGUUCAGCAAGCCGUACUCGGAGGCCACUGCCGAAAUGAUCGACCAGGAGGUGCGCAAGAUGGUCAACGACGCGUACCAGACCACGAUUAACCUUCUGACCGACAAGCGCGACGCUGUGGAGAAGGUCGCCCAGCUGCUGCUCAAGAAGGAGGUUCUGAACCGCGAGGAUAUGGUUGACCUGCUGGGCCCGCGGCCGUUCAAGGAGAAGAUCCAGUAUCGAGGAGUUUGUCCUUGA